AGUGCCCAGAAGAUACGUUUCGCCGGGCAUGCGCAGUGAGUCUCGCGCCGCGGACAAUCAUCGACUCUCAAACUGGCGCACAGUUCAGUUUUGCGGCGUUGGCAACGGUCUCUGGGGGUGGAACGUAUUUUAAAACCACCAUAAACAAGGCCGGGGGCGAUGGCGGGCGGCGGGCGGCCGGCGGCGGACCUGCUGGUGGCGCUGGUGGCGGCGCCGCUGCUGGUGGCGCUGGGGCUGCUGCUGCAGUCCAACCUGCGGGGCGGCGACUGGAGCCUGGACCCGCGCCGCCGCUGGCACGUGCUGGGGCUGGGGCUCGGCCUGCUGUGCGUCUCCGUCGUCGCCUGCUGCUACGUCACGCGCCGCCUGGGCGCGUGCGCGUGGGAGGCGCGCCUGCGCCGCGCCGCCCAGGAGGCGGCGGCAGCGGCUGCGGCGGCGGGGGGCAGUCAGCUGCAGCUAGCGGCGCGCGAGGACCCGCCCCCCAGCUACGAGGCGGCGGCGGCCAGCUGCGACGCGCCGCCGCCCUACUGCGCCCUCGUGCGCUGGGCGAGGCCCGCCCCCGACCCGCCCCCCACCAACGUCAAGGCGCCCGUCUGACGAAGGUGGCGGCGGGGGGCAGUCAGCUGCAGCUAGCGGCGCGCGAGGACCCGCCCCCCAGCUACGAGGCGGCGGCGGCUAGCUGCGACGCGCCGUCGCCCUACUGCGCCCUUGUGCGCUGGGCGAGGCCCGCCCCCGACCCGCCCCCCACCAACGUCAAGGCGCCCGUCUGACGAAGGUGGCGGCGGGGGGCAGUCAGCUGCAGCUAGCGGCGCGCGAGGACCCGCCCCCCAGCUACGAGGCGGCGGCGGCCAGCUGCGACGCGCCGCCGCCCUACUGCGCCCUCGUGCGCUGGGCGAGGCCCGCCCCCGACCCGCCUCCCACCAUCGUCAAGGCGCCCGUCUGACGAAGGUGGCGGCGGGGGGCAGUCAUCUGCAGCUAGCGGCGCGCGAGGACCCGCCCCCCAGCUACGAGGCGGCGGCGGCCAGCUGCGACGCGCCGCCGCCCUACUGCGCCCUCGUGCGCUGGGCGAGGCCCGCCCCCGACCCGCCUCCCACCAUCGUCAAGGCGCCCGUCUGACGAAGGUGGCGGCGGGGGGCAGUCAUCUGCAGCUAGCGGCGCGCGAGGACCCGCCCCCCAGCUACGAGGCGGCGGCGGCCAGCUGCGACGCGCCGCCGCCCUACUGCGCCCUCGUGCGCUGGGCGAGGCCCGCCCCCGACCCGCCUCCCACCAUCGUCAAGGUGCCAGUCUGACGAAGGUGGCGGCGGGGGGCAGCCAGCUGCAGCUAGCGGCGCGCGAGGACCCGCCCCCCAGCUGCGAGGCGGCGGCGGCGGCCAGCUGCGACGCGCCGCCGCCGUGCGCUGGGCGAGGCCCGCCCCCGAACCACCCCCCCCCCCCACCCUCAUCAAGGCGGCGGCGAACGAGCUAACGACAGUGAGUCUACGCAAGCUUCACGCGAGGUAGUGGCGUGUGUCCGCAAGGCUGGACAGAAACUCUGAAGAAGUGACGGAUGCCAGACCACAAACUUUAAUGUGAAAAACACUCCGGGGCGGGGGGGAGGGGAUAAUAUCGUCACCUCUCUCCCUGUACCUAUUAAUAAAUGUACAACUUUUAAAACCCCACAGUUAAAAAAAAAAAUCUCAAGACUGUGAAAAUUACCGUGGCCAUAUAUGUGAACGUGAUCCGCACGUAUCACAUAAUUAAUAAGGUUUCCUAUAAAUUAUAUUAAAAAUAGACUUGUGACUCUCGUCGUGUCAGGGUGAAACCAAGAAUUUAAAAAUAAUCUCGAAACUUAACUGUCCCCCCCCCCUUCCUUCCUUUUCACAAUGGCAUACACUCUAGAUGUCCCUGGAAAGCACUGAUAUGAUUUUUCUUUUACGAUUCCUUCGAAGAAUGUGUGGGUGACUAACCAACGUGAUGUUCGAUGGGAAACUUGUUAUGAAAUUGUGGCGACCCGAACGACAUUUAUCGGGACAAAUUCGUCAUGAUUAAAAUAUGCCACCGCUUGUGUCUGAUGCUGUGUAGCUUGUAAAUAAUGACUCGCCAGUGAAGAGCAGAAGUAAAACGAGUAGGUAGCGAAAGGUAGUUAUUUACGACCGUCUCUCGACAUAAGGUUAUUCUCGCCAUGUGUGAUGUAAGUAAUUUAGCAGCAUUACUUCAACUGUUGGUUGAAGAUUGUCAACCAAGAAGUCCAAAAGAAACUUUUUUUUCCCCCAAUUUCUGGAAAGUAUAAAAAUUUAUUGACCCCCGAUCAGUCCCGAACAUAACCGAAGUUGACCGCUCGCUCGUGCAACUUCGUGGUCGGAAUAAAAAAAACAUUUUAUGUGAAUUCAUUCUUAAGUUUUAGAGUAUUUUAAAUGCUUUUUAUCUAUCCCAACCGACGUUUCACUUCAGCUACGAUGACCUAGAAAUACAAAAAAAAAAUUCUACCGGAAUUUUAUUUAUAUAAUACAGAUUUAACCUAACGUUUUACUUUUACAAAAUUUAAAAAAAAAUUACAAGAUGCACUAAUCCUGAUUCAUCCUGUGUCCAUCUCUUAGGUUUAGCUCAAUUUCUAAGUAACGUCUGCUGCUAGUUUCGCCAAUCAAAUAUACGAGCGUGGGAAGUAUAGCCCUGUUAAUUAAUUUCAGUUUUAUUGAGUAGAUAAUAUUAACACCAUUAAUUAAAUUACAACAGUUAAACUGUCUAUCCACAAAAUUAGUCACACAUUCGUAAAUUUCCUAUUUACUCUCCCCACUGGAGCUUGGCUCGACAGUGGCUCCCACUAAUGUUCAUCUGUUACCGAGCACCUCUACAUAUCUCAACACACAGCUUGGUACUACUCAUUAGUCUCCGCCGCACACGCAACACCAUCAAAGAUGCACUGGUCCCCGAUGCUGCCAUCUUCGCUCACGGGGUCCGUCGCUCGUGGCUCAACGAAGGGGUCACUCCGCUCUCUUCGCUUCGAGGAUUCACUCGCCGGUGUCGCCACCUCUCACUCGCCGGCCUCCGUUUCCUCAUAUGCUCGGCCGGGAGCGUGUGACAGCGAUACCAGGAACUCUUACGUUCCCAUAACUCGCUAUGUGGUUGCCAAUAUAAAUAUUGCGACCGCGUCACUUUGUUCGAAUCAUUGGAAACGACGGCGGGGCGCGAUGUGUGUGAUUUUAAGAUUAAAGGUGGCUCACGGUCCAGAAAGAAGUAAAAUAGCUGUCGCAUGUUGCUUGGCUCUAUUUUUAAUAGUGUAGAUGUCAGGCGGGGGGGAGUUCACCCUUUCCCCUCAGUUAGUCGGCUAACUGAUGCAUGAAAGUGUCGUGAUGUCUGUAUUUAGAGGCGUGUGGAUCUCACUCGCCGGAGGUCGGCGUCGUCUUAUAUACCUGCGAAGUUCCGCCCUGGGAAGGUCUAGUAGCCCUCCGAAGUGUCGCGUCGUCAGAAUCCCCGAGUUAACACUCGAAGCUGCUAGAACAAUCGUGUCCUAGCAGACGGGGCUCUGGAAACGCGCCGAACCCUCGAGGGAAGCAGAGAGGCGCCGCGCUAAUCGGAUUACCGCAGUCAGCAGGAGAGGGGUGUCUCCUACCUGCAUCACACCCCUCCCGGCUGGCGCUAUAUCACCACUCUGGAGUCUAGUCCGACGCCACAGUUCGCGACCGCCCCACUUACACGAUCAUAUUACACAGCCACAAUGAGUGCUAACUGGCAGCACGACGGGAAACGGCAUAAGCCGCCCCCAAAAGACCAGACCUGACCAAACCAAUGCGGACUAAAAGUCCAAGUGCCCCACCCCUUGCAUAGUAGAACUUCUACCACGCCCCACUCUUCUUCCAGGUCCAUCCUUCUAUUCCUGUAAUCCACCUGCUUGUAAUAAUGCAUGACCUUUGCAUCCCGCAUGUAUGUGCCGAGGGUUUUCCCUCUGUCUAUGGAGGUUUUACCUGGGCCCAACUUAUCUAGUUUUAGUCUAGAAUUAAGAGUGAAGGGAGUUAGUCAUGGCGAAAACGUCUGCCAUGACUGGCCAAUCCCCUCCUAGUACAUGAUGCACGUGGCCUUUUCUGCAUGGUUAAAAACCCGCAUGUUUAGAGCGUAUAGAGCUUGCCCUGAGACGCACUUAGAGUCUUCCCUACCUAGACCCCUCCCUUACACACUUAGUUUUAACUUAGGUUAGGAAAAAAAACUGUCUGGCCAGGGAGAGGGGAGGCCCCUACCUGCAUCACACCCCUCUCGCAGGCUGGUGCGCCGGCUGUCUGGCCAACCUCGUCGCUAGUCGCGUCGUAACAAUAUUUUGCCAAAGAGGAUUGAUUACACACUUGAAUAUUCUAGUCAAUUUUCGAAUUCAAGCCGAGAUAUAUAUGUUUGUACAGUUUGAAAUUGUAAAGCCAAAUUGUUAUGAUGAAAAUAAAAUUUACAAUUAAA